AUGUAUCUGAAUGGCACGGGUGUUGAAGAAAGUGCCUCUGAAGCUUUGAAAUGGUAUCGAUUAGCUGCUAAGGAGAAUAAUCCGAUUGCACAAGGAAAUGUCGGUUGGAUGUAUUACCACGGCAAGGGUGUCCAGCAAAGUUACUCUGAAGCUCGUUGGUGGAUUCAAUUAGCUGCAGAGCAGGGAAAUGAAGAUGCAAUAAACGCUUUGAAUUCGAUCUCAAGCAAGACUGCGGCCUCAUUGUUUGACUGCGGCCUCAUUGUUUGA